UCAUUUUGUGUAGUAAUCGUGUAGAAACUCUUACUCAAGAAAUAAGAGCAUUUGGCCUUUAACUAAACAGAAAUAUAUUGCAUUUGCGAGGCAAAAAAGGAACAAAAUAAAUAAAUAAAUAUAAAUAAAAAGGAAAAAAAUAAAUAAAUAAAUAAAUGAAACACAAAAUAGAGGAGCAAUUCCUUCGCUUAGCACAGGAACACCUUCUCUUUUCGGUUAACGUAAAUGCGGAGAUUUUUGGCUUUAAUACUGCCUAUGCAGCAUCGUGGCAAUAGUUACAUCGAUACAAACAUCGACACAAUACAUAGAAUUUUUGUGCCAGUUCAAAUUUGGUAAUCUAUGGGAAAGUGUAUAUCGAAAAAUCCAACCAGUCUAACGAUAGCUACAAUAUCUGAAAAGAAUUUGGCAGCAGCCAGCCAUAUAUUGGGUAAAUAUUCCGAGAGCUCAGAGUAUGUCGCACUUAAAGAUGGCCAAGGGAAUCAAUUGUACGAAUACAUUGCUGUCAACGAUAGAACGAAUGGCAAUGUUGUUGUCAUCACGGCCGACUGCCAAGAUAGCGAACAAAAUGAAAAACAAAAGCAAAAACAAGAGGGACAGAAACGGCAACACGAAUCCUACGUAGCAAAUAAUAACCAGGAAAUAAUCGUUGAAAAUAUUUGCACAGAUUCAACGGACCGUUACACUUGUGUUGCCAUACAGCAAAAGAUUGAAUGCGAUGACAAGGCUAAUAUUACAACUUAUAAUGAUGAGUAUGAUGACGUCGUUGAGUCUCUAUUAGAUGUUGGCAAACAUAUAGCUACUAUGAGUUUCUCGUCUUCAUCUUCGUCUUCGUCGUCGUCGUCGUCGUCGUCUUCUUAUGUCGCUGCGACUGCUAAUCUUACUGUUACUCCUGCAGUCGCUAUUUGUAGCAAUAUUAGUCCGAGUAAGCUUUACGAUUAUGAUGUCCACCUUGCCAAUAGCAAUAACAAUAAUCAUAAUUACUAUACUGACAUACAACAUUCUAUGGUUCAGUUACGUUUAUAUCGCCAAAAACAAUGGCAAGAACAACAGCAACAAAUACAAAUGCAGCGAAUAACAUCCGACCAGGAUAAAAUAGAUGCUUACGACAGUUAUAAUAUCAAGAAUUUUCUCAAGCAACAAAACGUUAAAAAAAUUCUUAAACUCUCAGCGACGGCGACAUCAGCUUCAAGUAAAUUAAAAUCUUCAAAUAAUUUAAAACAUGAUUCACCAUCAAAGGCUUCUUCCGAAUGUGAAUGUAGUUUAAAGGGUCAGAUUGAAAGCAAGAAGAGAUCAAAAAAGCAUCAGGGCAAUGAAAUACAAACAAAAGGCACUGCAAUGUCAUUCGGCUUUCGUAAAAAUCUGAAUACAACGCCAAAGAAAUUGAAGAAAUUAAUAAAGGGCGAGACAAAGAGUUCUAAAAAACAGGAUAAAUGUAAUAACUUUUGCGAAGACGAGAGUGCCACAGAUGGCACGGGUAAUGGCGAACGUCUCACAACAGCCAUGGGAAAAACGGAAACUAUAGUAAACAAUCCAGCAGCGAGCAGAGAUGAUAAUGGAAAUGCAGAUUUACUUAAUAAUAUACACUUUGAAAAAAUGGGUGCCGCCGCCCAUCAUACAGCACAUCAUACAGCAAAUACGACGACACAAGGCUUAUUCGCGGAACAAUUUGCAGGAAGUGUUGGAGAAGGUGGCCAAGCAACUUUGCCAGGGGCUGGCAGCCGUUUCGGUUAUCGCGGCCCCAUACGUCCCUCCUCAACCGAUAUAACAGCGCUUUGGCAAAAGGAUAGCCAUGAUAAUAUUCAAAAUAACAACUGCACCAAUGCUGGCGGUAGUAAUACGAGAGGUGUGCUCAUAAGCAAUUUGAAACGUCGUUCCAAAAGUGCACAUGCCGGUCGCAUAAUAUCUUCUUCGAAUGAGAGUGAUGGCGAAACAAGGGAGGGCGUCGGCGCUCGGAAAUCUAAUCAACCAAAAACGAUAACAUUCAACUUGAAACAGAAUAGUACCAUUGAAUACGAUCGAAGGCAAUUCUUUGAUCAACCCAUGGUAGCAGGAAUAUCAUCGGGAUAUUUGAAUGGACGGACCGCAAAUUUUAUUAAUACUGGUUUGCAGAAUAACGUUAUUAUAUGUCCCACGCCACGUCUGCCAGCCGCGACGUAUUCCAAAUUUACACUUCAAACAGUUAGUCUACCUAAGCCAGAGUUUGCCGUUCCGAUAAGCAUUAAUGCUACAACGCCUACAACGCCAGCUGGCUCAUAUGCGUCUUCGCCAGUUACCAAUACGGGGGCCCGUGCAAAGGAUUUUAUUACAGUUCGCGGAGCAACUACGACGAAUCAAUAUUCAGUGACGGCAACGCAAAGUCAGUGCAUCGACCCGAAAACUGCUAAACAUAUGGCUAACAGUUCUACGAGACGUAUUUUUUGUGGCAGCCGUGAAAUAUCCGCUGAUUCCGGUAUAGCUAGCUUAGAUAUGGCAUUGGAUAGUUCAACAUCCAGUGGGGUUCGUUCGAGUUCACGUCACGCCUCUCCUAAACGCAGUCGAAGUCGUCCACGUAACCUGCAAAUGGUUAUGAAUGGUCGGGGUAAAUUUGAGGUGCGCGAUUUAGAUGAUUCGCUUUCGAGUGAGUCCAGCUCGAUUGUUGAGCCACUGGCUUUACCUAAGCUACCAGCAGAAAAUCAAACAGUUCCACUACCUCUAAGUGGCUUGGUACGCUCAAACACGGUCUUGAGUCGUGAAUCAUACGAAUUGAAAAGCACACAAAAUGUUCAUGACGACAGAGAUAAAACUAAAAGCAACUCUCGCGACCGUAGCAAUUCAUCUACGCAUGCUCCAUCCGAAGAAGAUAGUGAGUCGAUCGAUGAAGAAAAAUUACAUUUGGAUAGAUCCGCUACGGAAAAAGGGAUCAAAGAGCGACAAUUCAAAGACAUUAACACAUGUUCAAGUAAAACUUCUUCACCUGGAAGUUCCAUUAUAUCGUCAUGGUGUAAUGGCGGUGAAUCGUUAGCUGCAAAGGACUUCAGUAAUUUAAGCCUAAGCAGCAGUGAAGAUAGCAAUAAGAAAGACAAUAAAUUACAAGAGGAGGAAAAAGAAAAAGAAGCCAAAAUACAACUGGAAUUGAAUGACGAUGACCUGAGCAUAUUAAAUACUGAUAUGCAAAUAAGCACAAUUUCAUCUCUAACUGAAACUAUUGCUCUUAAUGCCAGUAAUGAUACUGAUAACGUGCAGGGUGUACAGAAAGAAGUUCCUUUAGAAAAAAGUGAGCGGCCAAAAUGUUUCUAUAAUGCUAUUGAUGAGAAUAAAUUUGCUGUGAUGGCAUUAGAGGGUAGUACGUUUCUGUUGGAUGAUGAGACUUCACCAACGGAUAGUUUAGUUAGUAGCACCGAGUCCGAGGAGGCGCCAUGCAAACAAAAGAAACAUAAAAUAAAUGAAGAGCUUCAAGAGAAGGAUAUAGAUGAAAUAUCGCCAGAGUUAGAUGUGACCAGUCCAAAUUCACCCGGCACUCCAACUCAUGCCUCUCAUUCGUUAUCGUUGUCCGAUUGCGGAAAUCUUAUCGAUGAUGAAAUUGCCGAUCAGCCCGCAUUGCUUUUUAAUCAUGACUCGCAAGAUGGCGGCGGUGGUGGGGGCGAAAGCGUUACAUCGCGCAAAGAUAAAGCCGAUACGCCCACUCUAAUGGAAAGCAUGAGUUCAAUGCGUAACUCUGUGCACAGUCAAACAAAAUCCCGUAGCGCUUUGCAUCAAGCCAUGGAGUUGAGCUUACGAACACCCCUCUCUUUACGCAAAGCGGUAAUGGAACGCGCCGAAUCAUUAGACACUUUGUCCCCCUGUGAAUCGAUCUGUUCUGAUGAUCUCAUGAUGGACUUUGAUAUGAACAGUAGUAUAGAUUCAAUAGAUAGAUCGGCUUCAAUUAAAAGUCGUAGCGGUUCCGAUUUAAAUAAGAUCGACGAUUCUGAAUUGUUUACAGAAUUAGAUCGUAAGGGUAGUGAUGUCAUGAAAGAGUUAAGCUCGAUAUUACGUUCGCACGCAAAGAAGAAUAACGAAAAAGAUAUCAGUGCGCAUCUGCCAGCACGUGCUACCCGUCUUUUAAAUCGCUCACGUAUACAACAACAUUGUACCCUAAAUAACGAAGAUUCCGACAGCACCAACAAAUCUCCGCUUAGUGUGCGCCGCAAUAAAGCCAAUACAGCAUCUUCGCGUACUUCCAAUGCAUCUCCAUCAACAGGCAAUAGUUCUAUAAACUCAUCAUUGAAACGCAAUCAAUACGGUCACCAUCAACAUAACUAUCAACAGCAACAGCAGCAGCAACAGCGUUUACAUCAACGCGAUAUACACAGCUCUUCGGACGAUCUCAUGUUGUAUGACAAAUCAUUCAGGAAUGCCAUGAUCCAAGAUGUACUACACUUUAAAAAGCAACUUUUACGUUUGCGCCGCAUCCUACAGGAGACGGAAACUCUCAAUCCAUUUGAAAAUGAUAAUGGGCAACUAUUCGCGUCCUGUGGCUUGGAUAGCAAACUCUUGGAUGAUAUUGAUUUGGCAAGUCUGACGACAUCGACAACCGAUGACCCUAUGCAGGAGUUAGCUGAUCUACGAAGACAGGGUCAAGUCGAUGAUCGUGAUCGGACAAUACGGUUGCAAAAAAAUCUCAUUGAAAAAUUGGAAGCUGAUAAACCAAAAAUGCAACAAUUACAAGGAGCAGGGACAGCAAAAGAAUGUGUCAACACAGCUACGCAAACGGAAAGGACUCGACCUUUUUCUCUCGGUACUGAUGGUUUAUCAAGACUACAAUUCGGAGAACAAAAGGUAUUAAUCUGUGAUCUUAUCUUGGCUAUAGUGUUAUUGUGUGCCAUUAAUAUUAUAUGCAUUUUGCACCUAAGUUAUACCUGCAUAUACAAUUGCUCCUCCUCAUGUUCAUAACAAUUAUGUGCAGAUUGUUAAAAAUAUUUGAUUCGUUGCAUAGAGAGAUUUACACAUUUUUAUAUGUAUGUAUAGAGUUUCUAAACAAUUAUGCAACGAAUCAAAUAUUUGCAAAAAACAAUUACAAAAAAAAAAAAAAACUUAAUAUAUUUUUGUUAAAUGCAUUAGUAGCAUUUAAGAGAGAGCUUAUUAGUUAA